AUGGAUCAAAUUGAAUUCAAAACACUGGAUGAAUUCAUUAGACUCCUCCACAAAAAGGGUAAGAUGUUAUAGAAAUAUAGUGUCGACAUUCACGACAUCUGAAAUGUAGAUUUAGUUGUAACAUUUGGCACAAAUUCUAAGCGAAAAAUAAAUAUAGACUGAAGCUAAGAAUGAUUGUUUUUUUAAGAGAUGGAGUGAAAUCAAAAUGCCUAUAAGUUUGAUAACAAUUGAUUUCAUCUCUUAAUUAUUUGUAAUCUACACCAAAGUGAACGAAACCUUGAAAGAAGAUGUAUUUAUUAAUGUAUUGAGCAUAGAUUUUAUUAGAUUUUAUUUGGCCACUCAUUGUCUACGAAUUUGAAGAUAAAAAAGUAGUAGUUGAAUAUUUCACUAUUUUGAAAACCAUUUACGAUAGAAAGUACAGGGAAUUACUUAAGAGUUUUGGAAUAUUGGAGAUAGUCAAAUACAUGGUAAUAUUGUCGACAAUAAUCACAGCUUAAAACAACCGAAAUUGAUGAUAUGAUUUGUUGUGAAUAACACAACAAUAAAGAAAACCCAUAAUAAAUCAUAACUCAAGAAACUCAAACUAAAAUAGAUCAAUUUGGAUUGUUCAUCAAUGACAUCUUCCAUCAAAUGAUUAAUGAUUUAAGAUAAUCUACAGGAAACAACCUCACCGACCUAGAAUAACUAUUUGGAAUUUCAGUUCAUCAAUUACUCUCCUAUUGUACCAAAGAUCACAAUUACUGUUAAGUUCAAACUUUGUUAAUCAUUCUCCUUGUAACAUUACUAAACUAAUACUUAGAAUCAAUUACCCUUAGUUAAUGCAGACAUAAUUCAGAAGGUAUUCUAAAAUUUUGAAGCCAUCAGUUUUAUUGUCCUAUUGUAUAAUUCGACAACAUCUUAAGUACUUCAAGUCUACUGCAUAAAAUUAUUUCAAGUUAUCACAAACAAGAACCCUUCGGUACCAUCAAUAUAUUAAAUAGAUCAUAUAAAAACUUAUUCUGAGCAUGAUACCAUCUACAAAAAAUAACAAGUUUAUCGAGAAUUUACAUUCUGAAUCACUGAUUUGCGCAAUAUUAGAAUGGCUGUUGAACAUUCCUACUACAAUAAAAAUCACUGAAUAUUAGAUGUUUGAUGAAAAACUAACAUUUAAGAAUCAUGAUGUUAUGGAAUUAACUCUGAAUUAUUUGUACAUCUGUCCUGUUAUGAUGAAACAAUAAUUGAUAACUACUUUGUAUACAUUGAUGAGGAAUAACAAAGACAAUUAAUUAUUUUUGUUAUCCAAUAAACACUUCUUAAGUACAUUUCCCAAAUUCUUAAUGGGACUUUAAGAUGAAGAUUUACUAGAAACUGAUGAGAAUCAAAAUUCGUUACAAAAAUCAGUACUUAUUUCUUUAAUUUAAAGAUAUACGAUACAAGUUUAAAAUUAAUAUCAACAGUUUUUAUGAACUAAUUUCAAAAUGGCAAAAUUGAUAUGCUAUUUUAAUGGCUUAAAUUAGCUGAAUUAGAGCAUCUCAAAUAGAAAAAUGAAGAUCUUGAUGGAUUCAAAGAUCCCAGAACUCCUAACUAUUUUAUUAGGUAAUUGAUUACAUAUGUUUUUAAUAAUAUUCUUAAAAGCUCAAUAUUAAACACAUCUGAACUAUCAAAUGAAUUGUUGUGGAGAGGAUUUCAUUUAUUUAUUGCAUCCUUCUUGGCUAUCAUCACCAAAGAUUUAAUUCAAUAAGAUUAGAAGAUAUCGAAAUUAAUAGGGAAAAAGGUUACAUACAGUCCUCAAUUGUUAAUGAUCACCUGUAAAUAUAUAUAAAUAAGAAUUUAGAAUUGUUUGAAAACCAACAAUGGAAUGAUCAUUAAUUUUGUAUUCGGAUCAUUUAGAUUAUUAACUUUUUGUAUAGUUAAACAAUAUCUAUGAAUUUGGAUAUUAUAAAACCAAGCAUUAAUUUUAAGACAGGUGAAUUCGCAAUAUGGUUGAAUCAGCUAUUCAAAAAAAUACUAAGUAAUGAGAAGGAUAACAUUUUUCUAUUGAGAAUCAUUUAGACAUUGAUAUGUUACUAUUAGCAUUACAUAGUGGCAUAAAACUUUGGAUAAUAAUAAUUGGAAGAGAUUUAAUAAUUAUUGAAAGCAUAUAGACAUUUGAUGUAGAGUCUCAUUUGUGGAAGUUAGCAGUUCAAGAAUUUAAAACAUAUUCCAGUAGAUAUUGAAUAUUAGAUUACAUUGAGUCAUUACUUUUACAUUGAAUCUUAGAUGAAACUAAUAAAUUAGAUCAAAUAAAAGUGUUAGAAAGAUCAUCACGGAUCUCAUGAUUCCUUUUUCAAUUUGUAUGCAUUGCAAGAACUGAUAGCUUACAUUCAAUAAUAAUUGUAGGAGUAUUACCUUAGUUUGAUUAAAUUGUGUCAAAUUUAUGGGAAAAGAUCUUAAAUUUUCAUUUGGAACUUUUGCUAUGAACUCAUCAGAAUGAAGAAAUAUGAAGGUGAUGUUCUAGAGUCCUAUUUGCAGACAUUGAUCAAUCAGCCUGAAAUAAUCCACGACAUUGUAGUCAGUGAUGAAAUGAUUGUGUAUUACUAUGAUUGUCCAAACAUGGUGAAUAUGAAACAGAAAUCAUAAUUGAAAUUGAAUGAAUUGAUCAGAUGGGCUAAUCUGUUAAUACAACAAUAGGAACAUGAGCAGAUCUUACUGUAUUAGGAAUAAUAUUCGAGACAGAGUCAAAUUCUGAUGAAGGAUGUAACUAAGACUUUGGACAAAUAUAAUUUGAUCUAAUUGCAAAAUUAUGAAAUUUUUGAACAAGAGAAAUUAAAAUAUGAUCAAUCUAAAACAUUAUGAUUUAUAUAAAUUGAUAUUAAUUCAAAUUCCAC